ACUCCACAUUGUCUCUCACACUGCAAUUCAACCUUCUCUGUCAAAGUAAUUGCAAAUUUCCAUUGCAUCAUGUCAACUUCUUGGAAAAUGGCUCAAUUUGGUUUGCUGGUCUUGGUGGGGCUUCUUCUCACAAUGUCCUCCUCUGCCUAUGGCUAUGGCUAUGGUGGAGGCUGGGUUAAUGCGCACGCUACCUUCUAUGGAGGGAGUGAUGCAUCUGGAACAAUGGGUGGGGCUUGUGGGUAUGGGAAUCUCUACAGCCAGGGUUAUGGAACAAACACUGCUGCUUUAAGCACUGCUUUGUUCAAUAGUGGUCUGAGCUGUGGUUCAUGCUAUGAGAUAAGGUGUGUGAGUGACCACAGGUGGUGCCUUCCCGGUUCCAUUUUGGUCACUGCAACCAAUUUCUGCCCUCCAAAUAAUGCCUUACCCAACAAUGCAGGAGGGUGGUGCAACCCUCCCCUGCACCAUUUUGACCUCUCUCAACCUGUUUUUCUGCGCAUUGCACAAUACAAAGCAGGAAUCGUGCCUGUGUCCUACAGAAGGGUGCCCUGCAGAAGAAGGGGUGGCAUAAGGUUCACAAUCAAUGGUCACUCCUACUUCAACCUGGUCCUGAUAACAAACGUAGGAGGUGCUGGGGAUGUGCAUAGUGUGGCCAUAAAAGGGUCAAGAACUGGAUGGAUGCCAAUGUCCAGGAACUGGGGUCAGAAUUGGCAGAGCAACAACUAUCUCAAUGGCCAAAGCCUCUCCUUUAAGGUCACAACCAGUGAUGGCCACACAGUGGUGUCCUACAAUGUUGCCCCUGCUGGGUGGUCCUUUGGACAAACAUACACUGGUGCUCAAUUCCGCUAGGGACCAUAAUCAUUCACCACUGCAAGUUCAAAUAUUUAGAUACACCACUAUAUAUAAAUAUAUAUAUAUAUAUAUA